AGUGAUACACAAAGUGGUCUCUUUUUUGUUACCUGAUGAUAAACAAAGUUCAAUAGACGAUGACCCAACAUCAGCCCAGUUAUUUUUACAAAACAAACAAAAUAAGUAGCUCCAGUGACCCAAAACCUUGACUGGAAGACGAUACAAAGUAUCACCAAAGUUUUUACACAUAGUUGCACAAAAUAGACAAAAAACCGAUAACAAAAACAAAGCUACCAAACAUCGUACAUUUUUCCAACACCUAUCCACCAAAACGGUCCACAAUGAAGAAUUCUCUUCUUCUUUUGGCGUUCUUCUACGUACCGGUUUUUGCAAACGUGAGACUGUCUGACAAAGCUGGCAGACUUUUGGGCGAAACCGUUUUUCCUUUCAAGAAACUCACAACCCUCGACUCUUUCAAAAAUUUUUUCGAACUGGUAGAAGCCAAGAAACUCAACGUGUCUCUGGUGCGCUCCGCAACCAAAGUCGUGGACAAAUCAUUCUACCAAUAUUCGACGAUUGUAACUUACCCCUACUUCAAGGAACGGAACACCCAAACUAAUUUCACCAUAGAAGAGUGCGAAAAAUUUUUGGAUCUCGCUCGUACUGACAAAGUGGCUGCCAAAAUUAGUCUGUCUCGAAGAGAAAAAACGUAUCAAGUGUCAAACACUUAUGACGCUAUGGCAUAUACUAAUGGUCAUGUAAUGGUGACGAGUUUCUGGGAAAAAACUAAUGGAAUCGGAUCAAGGGACAAAAACUAUGUUGUUCACAAAACUUAUUUCACCACGGGGGCGGAUGGCAAAAACGCAACAGUGAAAGUUAUUUGGGGAAAUAUAGACGUGCGAGUCGUGAAUUCUCACAAUUUUACAGACGAAGAAAUCAAUCUGAACAAGAAAUUGUUUGCGAGGGUCAUCAUCGCCUAUAGUUUGAAAGACAUGGGGCAAGCGCUUGCUGCAAUGUUCAGUCGCACCUAUCCGGAUCAAAAGUGGCAAGUUGUGUCCACUACUGGACAAUACAGCUACGUUAAAGCCAAGAGGAUGAUCACUUUUCAAAUAGGUUUUACAAAAUACGUGAUUUAUUCUAUGUAACAGAAACAAAAUAAAGAAUGAAUCUCUUUAUUGUUCA